CCGGCCGGGCCCGGUGCGUUCCUCCCCGUGUCGCUGGCAGGGCGGGGUGUCGCGGGGGGCCGGGGACACCGCGGCGCCCGCGGGCCCUGCGUCAGCGCCGGAGCGGCUUCGGGAGGAAGCGGAGCCGAGAGCGGGGCGAUGUCGGAGCUGGAGCGGCUGCGGCGCAGCGACAUCCCCGCGGGCCGGCAGCGGCUGCGGGAGCAGCACGGCAACCUGCUGCGGGUGGCCGACUACUGCCACAGCAACUACCUGCAGGCCGGCGACAAGAGGAAGGCGCUGCAGGAGACGAUGGCUCUGAGCACGCAGUCCCUGGCCAGCGUCACCUACCAGGUGAGCAGCCUGGCCAGCGCCUUCCUGCGCCUGCUGGAGCUGCAGGCGGCCCAGCUGCGCCGCGUGGAGGCCGACAUCGCCUGCGUGGCACAGAGCGUGGACAUCCACAAGGAGAAGGUGGCACGGCGCGAGAUCGGCGCCCUGACCGUCACCAAGAGGCUGCUGAGCCACCAGAAGGUGGUGGCCCCCCCGGAGCCCCCCGUGCUGGAGCCCUACUACAGGAAACCCCUCAACUUCAGCGUGCUGGACGACAUCGGCCACGGGGUCAAGGACACCAGCACGCAGCUGUCCCGCACGGGCACCCUGGCUCGGAAAGGCACCAAGUCCUGCUCGGCACCGGCUGCGGGAACGCUGGGGAGGAGCAGCCGUGUCCCCGAGCCGGUGCAGCCGCCCGUGGUUCCCGCGGGGAAGCUCCCGAGCAGCUCCUGCAGCUCCUCCCCGCUGCCCCCCAGCUCCAGCGGGGCCCCGGCAGCCCCAGGGGACGGAAUUCCUGCCCCGCCACCGCUGCCGGGGCCACCCCUGCUGGCACCGUGCCCUCCGGGGGCACCUCUGAUGGCACCGAGCCCUCCGGGGCCACCUCUGAUGGCACCGAGCCCUCCGGGGCCACCUCUGAUGGCACCGAGCCCUCCGGGGCCACCCCCGCCUGCCGCUGCCAUCCCACCGCCGCCACCCCUGCCCGGGGACCUGGCCGUGCCCCCACCGGAGUUCCCCCCCCCAGCCCCCGGUGACCUCGAGCUGCUGCCACCACCCCCAGCCGAGCCUGACUUUGGGGACCUGGCCCUGCCACCGCCGCCGGCCGCAGAGGAGCCCCCGUGGGCCCCGGAGAGCCACCUGUAGGGAGAGGGUCCCAAACCCCCUGGAUCCCCUGCCCAGCCCCUGCCCAGCCACCCCUGAGGAGCCAGAGCCACCCUGGAGGAGCCAGAGCCACCUCGAGGAACAGGAGCCACCCUGGAGGAGCCGGAGCCACCCCAAGGAGCCAAAGCCACCCUGGAGGAGCCGGAGCCAGCCCGGGCUGCAGCCCGGAGCCCCUCCCCGCCAGGCCCGUGCCCCCCCCCGUGUUUCUGGCCAUACACAGCCCUGCCUUUGUCACACGGAUUUGCAGCU